CUCGAAUCGCCAACAUCACUUGGUAUCGGAGGACGAGCCACUCCCCUCAAAGCUGCUUCGGACAACUCACAAAUUGUCCUCGUCGCCCACUGCGGAGCUUGAUGACCUGAUGCAGAAUCUACCUUUGACUUCAGACGAAAACUCGUAUACCCCAUCAUCAGACAAUAAUAAGAGCAAUCAAACGAGCAAUAGCAACAACAAGCGUCCGAGAUCUUUCACACCGGAACAGGAGAGGGAUAUAGAGAGCCCGGGAGAUAGCUCUUCGCCGAAAAGAACCAUGUCAGAGGAACAUCUGCAAAGUCGAGAAUCAUCACCGGUCGUCAGCCUUCCGACGGGAGAGAACGCUACGAACACUCAAAUUCCGACCAAGAUGGCAGAGGUUUUUCCACCCCUAGCCGGAGAGGUCGAUAAGGUUGUGAGCAGCGAGGGGUUGUCUGGUACAGACUCGGGACAAGUCCCAGUAGCUGGAAAUGAGAGGGAGGGAGCAGAGAACGCAACCGCCGGGAAUAUGCUGGUCGACAACGACGAACGUGAGAAGGAUCAAGCGGUAUCCAAUGCAUCGAGUGUCUCGCCUACCCUGAGGGAGCAAUUCGAGAUCGUGCGAGCUGCUGUGAACGCUCCUCUUCAUCCUGACAAGGCAUUUUAUCUCUUGCCAUCAUCGUGGUACCUCCUGCUUCGCCAUCUAGCCUACCCGGAAGAUUACCCGCCCCCGAGGGUACUUCCUAGCGCUGCUGCAAAGCUCUCCAAUCCCGAGGCCCGGUUCUUGAAAUCGCCGCAGCCUGCCCAUACUCUGCUAGACCGUAUGGGACCGUUCGCAUCUGGGAACCCUUUCCACGGAACCUGUCAACCUGAAGGGAGAACCCACGAAUUCAAGCUCCUGCCGAACCUCGUCGAGUUUCGCGAGACUGGCAGGAAGGGCAAGGAUGUAGCGGAGGAACCCGAGGGUGAUGUUGUCUUUGUCGAGGAAAGCGGAUGGGAAAAGAUUGUCGAAUGGUUCGGAGACGAACGUACGAAGAAGGCUGCGGUCCGGCGGCCUGUCGUUUCUGACGCUCACGGCCAUCUCAAGAUCGAGCUCAAUCCCAUCAUGCUCAAGUUUUUCUGCGUGUUUCGGUCUUCCUCAACAUCGGCCCACCUCCCUUCCGACGGCAAACCCUUCAGACAGUCCUUCCCUUCAACCACUCAGGUCUCUGAAUUGCACCAAGCAGUGCGGAAAGCGUUCAAGCUUGACGGGGAACCCUCGAAAGACUUGCGAACCAGACUUUGGCAGGUACAAGUCAACCCGGAUCAGUUGGCUCAAGCACAAGCUCAGGCGCUCGAGACCGAGGGGAUUGACCCAUCCUUGAACGGUCCCGCCUCGGGACCUCUGAUGCGAGAAGCGACCAGGCAGCUUCCGUCGCAUCUACUCUCCGCCUUGUCAGGCAAAUGCAUCAGUACCAGCCCAUCUCCGGAUUACGGUAAAGAUCCGUUAUUGUCAGACGUCGAUAUCGAGGACGCGGACUGCGUCGCGCUCGAAAUCGCCGAGGGAACCGCAACGGAUCUUCAAUGGCCCGUCAAGCUGAACGAAGCUGGCAUGGCUGAAGAGAUCCCGGAAGCGCGAGCCCCGCGUCCCGCUGUACCGGCACCUCUUUUCAGUCAACCAGCCUUGUUCUCGGGCGAUGCGACAAGAGCUUCAUCCUCGGAAAUCGGUAGGCAGAAGCAGGAGGCUUCCGUCCAAAAGAAGCGGCAACCCAGAGGAUUGAAAGGGUUGACAAAUCUAGGGAACACGUGCUUCAUGAACAGCGGUUUGCAGUGCUUGUCUAAUACCAAAGAAUUGAGCGAAUACUUCCAACGAGGUUUCUACAAGUCCGAAAUUAAUCGUUCGAACCCGCUAGGCAUGAAAGGUCAGGUCGCCGACAAGUUUGGGGGACUAAUCGAGCAGAUCUGGAGCGAAUCUACUUCUGCGGCAUCGACCUCGCGAUUUUAUGGAAGUUACUCGAACGCUGUCACACCAAGGGAGUUCAAGCAGAUGAUUGGACGCUUCGCACCAUCGUUCGCUGGCUAUGGCCAACAAGACACGCAGGAAUUGAUUGCGUUCCUCCUCGACGGAUUGCACGAGGAUUUGAACCGGAUUCAGAAAAAGCCAUACAUCGAGAAGCCGGAUUGGAAAGACGGCGGUAAUGAAGAAGAUCUCGCUUUGUUCGCAAAGGAAUGCUGGGACGGAUAUAAAAAGAGGAACGAUAGCGUCAUCGUUGACCUCUUCCAGGGACAGCUGAAGAGCACUCUGAUCUGCCCCGACUGCAGCAAGAAAUCCAUUACUCUGGAUCCGUUCAUGUACUUGACCGUGCCUAUCCCUGUCAAUCGUUUGAAGGCCCGCGAGAUCACCGUCCAACCUUGGGACCCCAAAGCGCAAAGGAUCAAGGUCGAGGUACAAUACAAUCAGAGCAGCACUUAUGCGGACAUCAAGAAGAAAGUGGCCGACAUAUGUGGAAUGGACCCAGCGACGCUUGUCACCACGGACGAAUACAAUCAUAAAAUCUGGUCAUAUCCGUCUAACAACGAUUCGGUGGCCGACAACGCUGGAGAUGCGAUCGUCAUGCAUCAGCUACCUUGUCAGGUUAUACAAGGCUAUCAAGGGACGCGAGUCGUGACGAAGAAAGGACAGGACCUGGUCAUCGUGCCCGUCUAUACCUUCCCCUCGGCCGACAGGAAGAGGCAACGCAGCGAGACGCCAUGCUCGCUUCCAUUCUUUAUUGCGCUGACGAUGGCUCAGAGUAAAGAUCCGCAAGAAAUACGUCGCAUCGUUGCUGAACGGUUCGCAGGACUGGUGUCCCUCCCAACAGAGAUAGAGUGGGACGAAAUUUUACAGACAAAGACGGACAAUCGAGAUGGCGAAGAUGCGCUCGCCCAAAGCGUAGCCGAGACCGUGGAUGAACUCACCAUCAGUCAGAGCGAGUCGGAUGGCCGCCGUAACAGUUCGGACACCCGCUUGUCUGCUUCCAGCAUGACUGGACCUCGUCGACUGGCAGACAUCCUCGAUCUCGGUUUCUAUGGCUCUCGUAGGUUGGGAGACGGAGCUCUUGCACACGAUAUAGACCAUAGCAGACGCGACAGCAUCUCAGAACGUCGUCAACCCAAAGCUGGGAUGAUGCAUCGUGUACGAAGCGCAUUCGACAGAUUUGCGGGAUCAUCCCCUCCAAGCGAGGACGAGGAAGAAAAGCCACCGCAGCAGCUCGUAUUCCAGAAUGACAUUAUUGCCGUGGAAUGGAAGGAUAACUUUGUGCUCGAGCAUUUCAUGGGUUCGAAUGGUCUCGGCCGUUACGAUUCCAAAGAAGCUUUCCUAAAGCAUGUGGACGGCGCUAUCGAAAUUGAACGGCGAAGAGUGCAGACCAGGUCUCAAAAAGGGGUAACCCUGGAUGACUGUCUCGACGAGUUCGAACGAGAGGAAACUUUGGGCGAGAACGACUUGUGGUAUUGCUCGAACUGCAAGAAGCACCAGGCUGCUACGAAAAAGAUGGAAAUUUAUCACGCACCGGAUAUCUUGGUCAUCUGUUUCAAGCGCUUUAGCUCUUCUGGGUCCUACUAUCGAAGCAAAAUUGAUCAGAACGUCGAUUUUCCUGUGGAGAAUCUCAGCCUGGAAGACCGAUGUGAUGAGUUGCGUCUAGCUCGAACAUUAGAGACGAACGGGAAGGAUCUGGGUGCUCUUGGACUUGAGGAUGCAACGAAGCCCUUGGUAUACGAUCUAUUCGCAAUCGACCAGCACUACGGAUCUUGCGGUGGAGGCCAUUACACCGCGGUCUGCAAGAAUGUCGAAGACGGCAACUGGUACAAGUAUGAUGACAGUAGUGUCAACUUGACGGACGUCUCUUCGGCCCAGAACUCGGCUGCCUACCUGUUGUUCUACCGCCGGCGCACCAACGAUUCGCUAGGCGGUUCCGCGUUGGCCAAAUUCCAAGUGAGGCUGCCGACGUGGGAUCCACGACAGAAUCAAUCCCGACAUCCGCGACUCCCAGCAUAGGAAAUAGCAGCUCUACCGCGUCCGACACUGCAAGCCGCCCAUCUCCGGACCAGGGCAUGUCUCUGGACUCGUCAGACUCCUCCCACAACUCGCCGCAAACCAGGCCAGACUCUCCUAUGACUUCGAUAUCGGACCUGUCCGGCAACUUCGUGAUGCCUUGGAACGAUAUGAAAAACCCACGAGUUUCUUCGACUAACCUCGCCGGGUCUGAGGACCACAGCGACAGGAGUGGGGCGACAUCUCCUGUGGCUGAUAUCAAGAUCGACU